AUGUUCUCACAUAUGUUGGAACAGCUGAAGGCCCAGCCGCUGUAUCAAGAUCUCAACUGGCGGCUGGCGCUCAUCGGCGGGGUGUCGUCGCUGGGAGCCCUGGGCUUCGGAUUCGAUAACGGGUGGUGGGGAGGCGCAUUGGGUCUUUCCCAAUUCCAGCAGAAAUAUGGGGAGUAUGAUGACUCCCUGGGGCAUUUUGUGAUUCCAUCCCAAAAGACAUCGGUCGGCACAGGUACGGGAUCGGCAGGUAUUAUUCUGGGCUGCAUCAUCGCACCAAUCGUCACAUCUAAGCUUGGCCGCCGUAACUCGUUCUUGGUGCUAUCGCUGCUGAUGUUAAUCGGAAUCACCCUCGAAGCAUCUGCGGUGACAUCCUUCUGGCAACUUGUCGUUGGCCGGAUUGUUGUCUACUCGGGGAUUGGCUUAGCAUCCAACUGUGUACCACUGUACUUGUCGGAGUGCUCACCCCCGCGUAUUCGAGGUGCCUUUCUGGGACUGUAUAGUUUCUUCAACUCCCUGGGCGUUUUCUUGGCCUCCCUUGUGGUUUAUCUAUCCCGUUCAAGGACGGAUAAAUGGCAGUAUCUGGUGGUCAUCCUCUGCCAGCUGCUGGUGCCCAUUGGAUACAUCGCAUUCUAUGCAUUUAUACCCGAGUCGCCUCGCUACCUCAUUUACCGCGGUCGUUUUGAGGAAGCCGAACAAGUCUUGCGAUCGCUAUCGAAUUACCCAGAUACAAUUCCAUAUGAGGUGGAACUGCUCAAGGCCCAGGCCGAGGAGCAACAGGAGCUGCAUAAGGCAACGUCAAUCUGGGACUGUUUUCGAGGCUCCAACCGGAUACGUACUAUAAUCGCUAUUGGGGUCCAGGUGCUCCAACAGGCCCAAGGCGUUUCCUUCAUUCAGAACUUUAUCGUCACCUUCAUGGAGCAACUGAAAUUCCCCGACCCCUUGCGUACGAAUCUCAUGGUGACCGGCUGCAGCUUUGCUGUCCACAUCAUCACAUUCUUCAGCUUUGACAAGGUUGGUCGAAGGUACUCUUUGUGCAUCGGGUCAAUUCUCCUCGGUGGCACAAUGUUCGGAACCGGUAUCGCAAUCGCCACCGGAGACACAAGCAGUGGGUCGUCCCCUGCAGCGACAGCUUCCAUUGCACUUCUGAUCCUCUGGUACUGCAUGUAUGGCUUCACCUGGGGUCCCGGAUGUUGGGUCGUGGCAGGCGAAGUAGGGACUGGCCAGUUGCGGGAGCGCACGUUGUUCCUUGCCUCGAUGGGGAGCUUCCUCACAUCGGUUCCUAUCAACUUUGUGAAUCCGUACGUACAAGCCCGCCUAGGAGGGUCGGUCACAUUUAUCUAUGGUGGCUUCUCGGUGGUCGCAUUGAUCUGGGUGUUUUUGAUGGUGCCGGAGACCAGAGGCCGUUCCCUCGAAGAGCUGGACGAUAUGUUCCAGGCUCAGGUCCCAACCCGGCAGUUCAAGAAAUAUGAAUGUAAUGGGAUCGGAGCUCAUAUCACUGGUGCUCACAAUGCACAAAACGAGAAAGUCAAGGUGAUUGAGGAGGAAUGGGUGGAAAACAAGAGAGAUGCUGGUGCGCAGUAG